UGUCUGAGUGUGAUGCGUGCUGAGCAAAAUCAGAUUCAGAGAACGAGACAAACUGAGGAAAGAGAGAGAGAAGUAGACACUGAGCUACUCAGUCAGUUAGGGAGAGAAAGAGAAAGAAAGGGGGGGGGGGGGCAGGAAACAGACUGGACAAACAGUGACACUCACAUUGUGACACACAGACGGAGAGCAGGAGCUCAACUCAAGCUCCAGUCAGUGUUCCUGUGAUUAAGCCUGGUGGUUUGGACCUUGUGAGAGGUGGACAGCUAAUGACAACGUUGCUGCUUUUGAACAAAAAAAAGGACAAAAACACAGAGCUGAGUUUUGACAAAGAGGAAGGAAGGAUUUUUGCCAUGAGGACAUCUCUCUCUAACGGACCUGGAUGUGCAUCACGCCAUCAUUUCUUUUGUGGACUCUAAUUGAGGACUUCUUGAGUGAAAAGAAGACACAUUUGCGUGACUGAUUUAUCUGAGUAAGUAAAGCUCAGCCUGCAACUUGCUGGGUGCAGCCUGGGGCAGGGGGAGGGGAGGUCGCUCCGGCCUGAAUCUCUGUCCUCUGGGAGGGAUCUUUUCAAUAUGAGGUUACCCCCAAGAUAACUACAUCAAGACAGGGGAGGGGCUCAUGCUGACCAUGUGCUGCAGUCUUCUUUAACAUGGACAGUUGUGUUGGAAAGAAACCUUUUUACCAAUGGCCUGAAUGAUCAGAUGUGUCUUUCAAUGUAUCCUGGUUUAGGACUGUUCUGUGCUUUACUCUCCAUUCAUGGUGAAUUCCCUGUGCAGGGCAGCCCUUUCAUUAUAUAGCUAUUACAUAACAGCUAUUGUCUCCCAGAAUGUCCAACAAUACCUUCCCGACUGUCAAUUUAACCCAUCAAUGGGCUGACAACAACUCUGCAAACAGCUCUACCUGCGACAAGAACGAUGGUUUCAAAUACCCAUUGUACAGCACCAUCUUCAGCAUUGUGUUUGUGGUGGGACUGAUCACCAAUGCUGUGGCCAUUUACAUAUUCACCUGCUCUCUGAAGCUGAGGAAUGAGACCACGACCUACAUGAUGAACUUGGUAGUGUCUGACCUGCUGUUUGUAUUCACGCUGCCUCUGAGGGUCUUCUACUUCAUCAACCAGAACUGGCCUUUUGGAAGCAUGCUCUGCAAGGUCUCCGUCUCGCUGUUCUACACAAACAUGUAUGGCAGCAUGCUCUUUCUCACCUGCAUCAGCGUGGAUCGCUUUCUAGCCAUUGUGCACCCUUUUCGCUCAAGGGCCCUGAGGACCAAGCGCAAUGCUAAGAUAGUGUGUAUUGCUGUAUGGGUGUUGGUGCUGUCGGGGAGUCUCCCUACGGGGUUCAUGUUGCAGACCACCUCGAGUGAGAACAACAAGAAUAACGCCACCUUCUGCUUCGAGAACUUCUCCUCCAAUCAGUGGAAAUCUCACCUGUCCAAGGUGGUGAUCUUCAUAGAGACAGUUGGCUUCAUCAUCCCGCUUCUACUCAACGUAUGCUGCUCCAUCAUGGUGCUGCAGACCCUGCGAGACCCCCAAACCAUCAGUCGUGGGAGCAAGCUGAACAAAACAAAGAUUCUGCGCAUGAUAAUUGUGCACCUUUUAAUUUUUUGUUUUUGCUUCAUCCCCUACAAUGUGAAUUUGGUUUUCUACGCUCUAGUCCGUACUAAAACUUUAAAAGGCUGCUUUGCGGAGUCGGUGGUCCGAACCAUCUACCCAAUAGCCCUCUGCAUCGCCGUGUCCAACUGCUGCUUCGAUCCCAUUGUUUACUAUUUCACCUCGGAGACUAUCCAGAACUCCAUGAAGAGGAAGUCUCAGGUCAGGCGUUCGUAUGAAGUAAAGUUCUCAGAGGCCCUGCAGUCAGAAACCAGCUCCAACUUGCAGUGUAGCCUGAGGACUCUCAAAGCAAAAGUCUUUCACAAUGAGUCGUCAGUGUGAAGGUGGGGUUGCUACACUUAGCAGGAAAAUGUUACAAUCGUUCCUUAGAAAAACAAACCUCCUUGAGACAAUGGGAAUGGAUUUUUUGGAAUUGCUUUAUGAAGCACCUGCCAAAGUCUUCAUCUCAGGGCAAUUGUUUGGACUUGUCAUUGACAGUCUCUGCUCUGCAGUAUUACUGCUACAUGACCCUUUGUUCACAUCUGUGGAUUUAUUAUUUACUAAUUUCCCUUUCCUGUGGAAUAUCUUGUAAUUGUGUCAAGCAUAAUUACUCUACAAGUGACCUGGAGGACAAUGGGAUCACUGCACAGCAUAACACUUAUGAUAUUGAAUUCUACAUGUGCCUGUAAAUUUGUACAUUUCUGUGGUAAGUUGUGGUGUUAACUUUAGAAUAGUAACUAUUAAAUUAACAUAAAGUUAUACCAAGCUAUAGAUUGUACAGGGCUUUGUUUUUUUGUUAUGUAAAUGUCAAAUAAGUGCCUCUUUUUAGUCCAGGCACCAUUUCAUUGUAGACUAUAUGUCUUUAUUGACCAUUAAAUGCACUGACACAGAAAUCCACAUGAUGAAUAAAAGUCAUAUACUGUUUAAAACAAA